AGGCCCUUGAUAAGGAAGCUUGGUUUCCCCACCUCUCCACCCAGUGUCUUCUGCCAGGAAGGAUUUGUAGGUGUGCCUUGUGGUAGCUUGUUCAUGCUUUGCUUGCGGAGAGUCUCCAAAGGCCUGGGCCAACUUGAAGCCUACAUUGAUGCAGAAGAAGGGGUGGCUUUCCAGAUGGAUAACAACCUGAUCUGGGACUCAUUGGAUGGCCAAUUCACAUGGGCCAUACAGGGCCUAAUUGAAAAGUUGGCAUCUGGCAAAUUCUGGGUCACUUGUCUGCCUAUGGGAAAGGUUAUGCUGAGAAACUGGGCAGGGAAGUAUCUCGCUGCAGUGGCUAUAGGAGAAAACCCCGUAAACUUUCCCAUCCAGCCUGUUCAGUACUCAGAAGAUCCAUCUUUGCAGUUUGACGUCUUUUACAAGGGCAAUAGGGUAGCUUUCCGGGCCUACAAUGGGCUGUUCUUGACCAGGACAUAUAGAGGGUUCACUUCAGUUGAAGCAGCCAAGUUGGUCGCUGAUGAUUCCUGCUAUUUCCGCCCCCUGAUUGGAGACCUCCUCCCCCCAAAGUUCAAAAUACUGAGGGUGAUCACAGGCGAUCUCUCUCACAUGAUAUACCACCACUCUGUGGUGGGCAAGCAGGUCUACGCCAACCGGGGGGAAGCAGCAGUGCAGCACACUUUCGACAUGACUUGGGAGACGACCGUUGCAGACACCGUUUUCUGGAACAGUCUGUGGGGGCUUGGUGUGCAAACUUCCUGCCACUUCACUGUUGAAGAUGCAACGCCUCGUUUGGAGUACACUGAGAACAAUGACCGGACCGUCCUUGUGCAAAGGUAUAUUAAUCAGAGGCUCACCCAGGAGGUGCUGGUGCCCCCCCACACUGAAGUAUUGGCCAAGCUUGUUGUCCACAGAAAUUCUACGGCUACUGUGUCCUUCACAGCUGUCAUCCAAAAGGUGAAAUCAAAUGGGGAUGUGGUGAUGCUGAACAAAGGUGGGCUCUGGAAGGGUCUCAUCUACCACGGAGUCCGGCUGGAGAUCACAAAGCGGAAGCUGAAUGAGCUCAGGCCUCUUGAGGAAUGCCCCCUCCUGUGAUGUUAUGGGGAGGGGUGUCCUUCCAAGGGUGCCAUGCGGACUGGAUGGCAGGUGGCUCACCCCUGAAGAGACACAGCUGUGGCUGCUCAGAUUCUGGACCAUCCUGGUCCAUUGUCACUUUGAAGACUCAUCAAGGCAGGCAGGGGCUGCUUCCUGGCUGUCCUCUGGCAGAUCCUUUCUACCUCCCAGGUGCCUGAAAAUGAUGGCUACCUUUUUUACGACAAAGAGGAAGAGAGCUCCUUGCCUUUUUAGCAUAAUUAACGCAACUUAAAUAAAAUGGUGAAUUCUU